AUGGCCACAGAAUUUGAUCAGUAUUUUACCUACGAAGCCCGCCUGGCUUCCUUUCAGAGAGCCACCAGGAAGCGCGGAUCAACAACCGGUGGCCGAGCAGCCAAAGCUCUCAAUUGGCCCCAUAAGCAGAUUUCUAUCGCAAGCCUUGCCAGAGCCGGGUUUGUGUUUAGACCAAGCCCUGAUAGCCCCGAUAACACUGUUUGUUUUCUAUGCGGAAAGGGACUCGAUGGAUGGGAAGCAGGCGAUGACCCGAUAUACGAGCACGUCAAACAUGCCCCCCAUUGCGGCUGGGCAAUAGUUGCUGCCAUUGAGGUUGACAUUGGCGACUACGGACGAGAGGAUCCCAACGACCCCGAGAUGAUCGAAGCACGUAGAGCGACUUUUGCGGACAGAUGGCCUCACGAAAACAAAAAGGGAUGGAAGUGCAAGACUAAGCAGCUGGUGGAUGCUGGGUGGAAAUACACCCCAACCGAAGAAUCGGACGACAUGGCUACGUGUACAUACUGUCAAUUGGCACUUGAUGGAUGGGAGCAAGGCGACAAACCUUUAGAUGAACAUUACAAUCGGUCCCCUGAUUGUCCCUUUUUCUCCCUAAUUAGCCAAUAUAGGGCGCUGGGAAAAGGCUCUGGACGUGGAAAAGCAUCGCGCAACUCAGCAUCAUCUGUUCAGUCUUAUGGGACAGCCGCAGCUGACAUUUCAAAUGCCAGUGAUGUGAGUGUGGGACCUGAAGACAGUCUUCUUACAACUGCCUCUUCGGCUUCACAACUGGACAUGAAAAAACCCAGAGCAAAGAAGGGGGCCGCGGCAAAGGCUGGUAGAAAGAAGAUCCAGAAAGAUGACCAGUCUGAGCUGGACCAGAGUAGCCAGAUGGAGGAAGAAACACAGCGCCCAAAGGCUAGGCGCGGCAAGAAGAGACCGAGCGACGCAGUGGAAGACCCGGUACUGAGUUCAACAGACGGGCCCAUAUCGAAAAAACGAGCGUCACGAACCCCUAGCGUUGGCAGCAUUGAUGGUGUUCACGAAUACGACUCCGAGGCGACCGACAUCUCCAGGGCUUCCUACAAAAAGAAUGCAGCGCAGCCUCCUUCCAAGAGGGGUCGUAAGGGCGCCCCGAAGUUGAUCUCGCAUGCAUCCAUGGCGUCCUUACGGGCUCGCGGCGGGAUUCCAGACGAUGAUGAGAUUGAACGUGAGCUGGAGGCUGACCUGAAUCGACAAUUCACCGACGAUGAGGAGAUUUCAUACGAUUCUGACUUGUUACGAAACAAGCCAAGGUCGCCUGAGUAUGCCAUGUUUGAUCCGGCGGUGCCCGAACCCGCUCAGGAUGAACUUGAUGAUGAGCUUAAAGCCUUACAAGCUGAGAUGGAGGUUGACGAAGCAGAGCGGCCCCCGAAACCUAAAAGAGGUCGCAAAGCUGAGUCACAGCAGGAAGAAGAGGGAGUGGGAUCGGCUGACAUUAGUGCGGGCAGCACCGCUGCUGGAAAGCGAGGGCGUGGACGACCAAGGGCCUCUCUCGGAUCGCAAGAUGAAUCUGCCACUCUUGAUGUUGCUGAAUCGUCACAACAAUCGAUUAAGCGCGGACCGGGUCGGCCGCCGUCUAGAUUGUCAUUAGCAUCUCUAUUGUCUGCUGAGACCGGCGACGCCCCUUCAGCUAACGCCCCCAUAAAGCGAGCUCGCGGUCGACCCUCAAAUGCGUCAUUGCUGUCACUAGAGUCAACGGGGUCGGAUGAGGACAUCUUGGCUGCGCCUGCCCCGGCCCCAAAACCUGUUGAGAAGAGCAAAGAUGCUCUUGCUCCUGGGAAGCGUGGACGCGGAAGACCGGCUAAGAAAGUGGUCGAAGCGAUACCCGUGGAGCCUGUUGAGACGGAAGCUGAGGAUGACUUUGUCGAAGCUCAGGAGUCGGUGGAGGAACCCAUGCGAUUGCCUAGGCAGUCGCCAGUUCGAGCCAUUUUCUCUCCUAGGGGAGCGGCUGUGUCCUUGGCAUCAGGCACUCCGUCCAAGCUUUUGUCGCCCGUGCCUUCGGCUAGGCAGGCGGUUCUGUCGCCUUCGCAAUCUCCUCAGUCAUCAGACGCAGAGAACCAGCCGCCCUCCAAUCUCACCGCUGCCAAGCGCCUUGUGCUGGCUCCCAAAGCGUCAACUCCCACCCAUGGAUCACCUUCGAAGCGCAACGUUAUGGCCGGUGUUCGAAGCACAACACCAUGGGUAACGGCGAGUCUGGAGGCGAUAUUUGAGACGCCGCUCGAAAGUCCGGGCAAGGAGAAUGAAGUAGAUCGCUUUUUGAAACGCGGAAAGGAAUUGACCAGUCCGGAAAGACGAAUGACUGUGGAAGAGUGGAUUUACUUUAACGCAGCCGAGGCAGAGAAGAAGCUCAAGUUUGAAUGCGAGUCUUUGGUCAACCGAUUCGAGAUGGAGGGCACAAGAGCCAUCAAAGUUUUGGAAGGCCUUGAGGUGGACGAAACCAGCUGA